AAGCGCUGUUCCCUCCCUCCCCACUGCCCCGCCUACCCUCCCUCAGCUCCUCCGCUUGUGCGCGUGCGCCGUCUGCGGGUUCCCCUUGCUCGCGCUGGUAAUGAGGGAAAACGACGGUUGGGAGUUGCUGGGCCGGACGUUGCCGUGGAGCCGAGCGAGGAGCGCCGGCGUGGCGGGUUAACAGUGGUUGGAUCAAAAGGAACUGACAUCUCUCUCGGACUGUUCCAUCAGCUUCAACAUGGCUGGAGGUAUUACUGAUACAGGAGAGCUGUACUCGCCUUACGUUGGCCUGGUUUACAUGUUCAAUCUCAUAGUUGGGACUGGAGCUCUGACUAUGCCAAAGGCCUUUGCCACUGCUGGUUGGCUUGUCAGCCUCAUCCUAAUAAUGUUCUUGGGAUUCAUGAGCUACAUGACCACAACUUUUGUAAUGGAGGCCAUGGCUGCUGCAAAUGCCCAGCUUCGUUGGAAGAGAAUGGAAAAGCACAAGGAUGAUGAUGAGGAUUCUUCAUCUGGCGUUUCUGAUAGUGAUGUUCUUCUUCCUGAAGGCUACGAGCGAUCAGAGACAAGACCUAUCCUAUCUCUUCAGAGACGAGGAGCACCUAACGUUUUUGAAAUCACUGAAAGGGUGGAGAUGGGUCAGAUGGCAUCCAUGUUCUUCAAUAAAGUGGGAGUCAACUUGUUCUAUUUCUGCAUAAUCAUCUACCUCUAUGGUGAUUUGGCGAUAUAUGCAGCUGCUGUCCCAGUUUCUCUCAUGCAGGUGACCUGUAGUGUGACGGGCAAUCAUUCAUGCAGUGUUGAAGAUGGUACUAAGUAUAAUGACACAGACAAGUGCUGGGGACCAAUCAGAAGGAUUGAUGCUUAUAGAAUUUAUCUGGCAGCAUUUACCAUCCUCUUGGGCCCAUUCACCUUUUUUAAUGUGCAGAAAACAAAGUAUCUUCAGAUCCUGACAUCACUCAUGAGGUGGAUAGCAUUUGUCAUCAUGAUAAUUAUCGCCCUUCUCCGGAUUUCCAAAGGGAAAGGGGAAGGUCACCCUCCUUUAGCGCAACUCUCAGGGAUCCGCAAUCUCUUUGGGGUGUGCGUUUAUUCCUUCAUGUGCCAGCACUCGCUGCCAUCUCUCAUCACUCCCAUCUCCAAGAAGAAACACGUUAACAAGUUGGUCCUGCUGGAUUACACCUUAAUCCUGGGUUUCUACAGCCUCUUGUCCUUCACUGCUAUCUACUGCUUCAAGAACGGGACUCUCAUGGAUAUGUAUACGCUCAACUUCACCAGCUGUGACAUUGUCAAUAUCGCCGUUAUCCGCUACUUCCUGGGCCUCUUUCCUGUCUUCACCAUCAGCACCAACUUUCCUAUAAUUGCCGUGACUCUGAGGAACAAUUGGAAGACGCUCUUCCACCGGGAAGGGGGAACCUACCCUUGGGUAGUAGAUAGGAUUUUUUUCCCAGUCAUUACACUCAUUCCCCCCAUUAUCGUGGCUUUCUGCACCCACGAUUUGGAGUCCUUGGUGGGCAUUACUGGAGCCUAUGCUGGGAAUGGGAUCCAGUAUAUCAUCCCUGCUUUCUUAGCAUAUUGCAGCCGAAAAGACACUCAGCUGAUCUUUGGAAAUGGCACGCUCAAUAAACAUUUGUCCCCUUUCCGGCACACAUUCUGGAUUGGGUUUGUCCUACUCUGGGGACUUUUUUGCUUUCUGUUUGUGACUGCAAAUAUCAUAUUGAGUGAAACUAAGCUCUAAUGAUGGAACGAUGCCGUUAUCAAAGAAACUGGAGGUGACUUCUGAGACGACUUCUGAUCUUGCACCUCCUAAGAACCUGCUAAUACUGUCUUGAGCUUGGUGCUCACUUUAUCAAUUUUGGGUGCAGUGCUGCUUGUCCAGUUCGGUUCUUAAUUCAGAUUUUCCCCUUCAAAGUAUAAAGCUUUGAGUGUGGUCACUCUACCAGGCUGCUGUGGCCACACAGCAUCUCUCUAUAUUUGCCUUGAUCACAGAUUCCCAUACAAACUGUCUUCCUCUCUUGUCCUAUGAUAUGUCAGAGGCUGUCAGAUAUGCAUCUCUCCCUCAAGAGUGAUGGAGGGGUGAGCCUUGCUGAAACCAGUCAAGCAAGUAGCCAAUGAAAGCAAGCAAUGAUUCCUUAUCAUUCUCAUGUCCCCUGAGGUGACUCUCCUUUUUCCUCAACUAACAGGGAAGAAUCAAGAGAAAGAUGGACACAACUAGUUGAAUCAGAUUUCAUUGAAAUGUUCCAUGGCGUGGGGUCAGCCUACACUGAAAAAAAUGAGGGAGAAAAUGCCCAGGGGUAGAUUCUUCCCACUCCAACACUACUGUUGUUUCCUCCAUUUCUGUUACAGUCUUUCCAGCACACAUCUGCCUUGCUGCAUGUAAUGUGGGAUCAGAUGCAUAGAUGUUACUGUGGAUUUAAAUGAAUACUUUUUAUCUGGUGAGCAUUUUGCUUCUGUUCGCUUUUGUGUUUUCUGUCCCCUCCAUACUUGAUUCUAUGCAGAGGGUGAAAAGGAGGUUGCGGUUAAGUCUGGGUGGGUACCACCAAAGCCUUAUUUCAUGAAGCAUUGAAGGGAAAGCCUGUUUCCACAGUUCUUUUUUGCUGCUAAGUCGCUUCAGCAUUACCAUGGUCCUCUGUUUCACACCAGUCCUGAGGCAGCAGGGCAGGCCCUGACUGCAGCCCUCUCCAUCACAGGCACGAAGGUGCUAAUUACUUGCUGGAUGGGUAACAUGUAAAAGAAGCACAGUUCUCAUUUCCUAGCACCUCACCUGCGUGUUGCCAGAUGUGGAGGGCAGCACCUAACCGUGUCUUUAUGAAGAAAUCGUAUGAGUAAGUGUUACCAGAGAGAAUAAAAUCAUGAGGGGAAGCUAAAGCAAGAGACAUUCAUGAAGCCAUUGUUUUCUGUUUGAAUAUAAAGGCAAUCAUUACUUCCCAAAGCACACUAAAUUCCCACCACUUUGCCUUCAACAUGACCUCUUUUUCAGUUUAUGUAAAUUUAAGCUACAUCUGACUAGUACUGUGCUUUGAAACCUGGGUCUGCCACAGGUAAAUCUAAGAGAUGUGUGUGAGGGGGGUCUUAUGUUAAACAUGAAAGAAAUGCAGAUUGGAAGGGGGGCUAUUAACUCCCCUUGCCUGUGCCUUAUUUCCCUGUACUCUGUCCCCUAAUGUCACUUUUCCCUUGGCCAGGCUGCUAUAUCAGAAGUAAGUCAGUGUGAGAGACUCCUGGUAGGGAAAUCUGCAGGGAAGCUUCUCUCUUCACCUGCACAUCCCUUUUGCUCUUUAAAUUAUCCUCAUCCUCCACCUCCCUGCUUUAUACAUGAUGGGGAAAGGUCUGGAUUUAAAGACACAGGUCUGCUUCUAAUUGCAUGUAGUUUGGACUGUGGGAUCUUUGCCGACAAGGAGUACUGACCAUCAUUCUGUGAUGAAAUCACAAAAAGCAUUUAGGAGAUUGCAGAGCUUAGGAGGGGUCAUGGGUCACAAAGGUUUUAAUAUGAGGGAAAUUCAACUCUUUUCACUUCAAAUAUGUUUAAACUGCUUUUUCUAUUAUUAAAUUUCAUCUUCCAAACCGCCGGAUUAUACUUGCCUUUUCCAUCCUGGUGUAGCUGUGAUAUUAAAUUUGACAUUUCAUCAAAGUGAGUUAAGAAAUUCAGUGGUUUUUAAAAAAAUAAAUCAAAAUUACUAUCAAGUAUAAUUAUAAAAAUCAAAUUGGUUUUGCUGCAAAAAACAGAUUGUUGGAAGGUGUGUUAAAAACCAACACAGCAAAUUUUGUAACACAACUCUAUUCAUAGAUAACAAAAGUCCUUGAUAUGUUGCAUAAAGCUAUGUUUGCCAACUAGGGGGAGUUUGCUCCAGGCACAAUAAAACCUGAUGACAUCCCUCUCUUCUUCAUCUCAAGCUGUACUUGGCAGUCCUUGCUGGUGCAUCAGAGUCACCUAUACAACCUGAAAGCUUGCAGAUAGCUGAUGUUGCUCCUUUGACACCAGGUUUCUGAGAACUGUCUCUGAGUGAAUUGGUAAGGAAUUACACAGUGCCCAGGUUGAGGGGAAACAAAAUUACAGAUUUUAAGAUUCUAUGUGCACAAUCCAUUUGAAAUGGGAACCGUCCUGCCACAAUUGGUUCAGAAGUUUAACAACUGAUUCCUUCUGUCACUCUUUCUCAUCACUGUUAUAAGACUCUUGUCAGACUGGAAGUGAGAAAACAGAGCUGUCGCAUGGAGGCCCAGCCUGCCCUUAUGCAAUAUGAGACAGGCAAGGAUAGUAUCACUGCUGGCAUUUUAGCAGCAGAAUGGAUGUACCUGAGAAAUGACCUAUAAAUGUAUGGAAAUUGCACUGUGGCAAUCUUCUCGUCUUUGGCUGGCUGUAGAAUGUGCUUAGCUGCUGCAGUGUAGGACAUCUUCGGGAGAAGACAAGCCUGAAGAGGAAACCCUACACAAAUCUGAAGUGGAGUCCCUAAGGCUGUUGGAUGACAUCUUGUACCAACAACCCCUGCAGCCAAGCUGGUGCCAAACGUAUUGCUCUGCUUUCCUUUGGACCACAUCAGUGAGGCCGAGUGGGGGCAGCCUGGGACCUUCAUACACACUGCCCAGGCUUGCCCCCCACCCUGGGAGGACACUGGUGCUGUUACUGCAGCUAAAACAAUAUGGGAGGCAGCAGUUAUGAGUUAUGGUUCUCUGCAUCAGCAGCAGGUGGUUUAAUUCUCUAACAGUUUGAUUUCACCCCAAGAGAGACCCAUUGCCUCUUGAGACAGACUGAUACCAACAAUACAGAAGGUGCUGAAUAACGCAAGCACUAUGUCUACUUCAGCCCCAUGGAGCGGUCACUGAAUUUUUCUGUGCUUUUGACUUUCAAGAUAAUAUGGGUCACUUAAUGCACAUCUUCACCUGCAAUCUUCAAAGAGGUUUCUUCUCUUGUGACACACCUUUUCGUUUUCUCCACGAGCCAGCUCAGAAGAACUGAAAGCACUGGGUUUCACAGAAAGCUGAAGCUGGACAAAUUGCUAAGGUUACAGCCAAACAGCAAGCCUAGUCUGGGACUUCUGCUACUUUAGCAGUUCUGUUUUCCAUCUUGUCGAAGGUGUACUACAAAGCACAAUUAUGCUAAUUGCCUGUAUUGCACAAGAAAGGUGUCCUUUGGACAGCCUCCCCGUCCCCACCACCUCAGCUAUACGUUGUCGUUUGGGAUUUCUCCCUUCCCCUUUUAUCUAAAUCCCAUGUGGCAUUAUGUGCCCUUUUGGCUUAGAUUAUAUCUUUUCUCCUUUUAUGUUGCUCCAAAGGUUAUAAAAUGUGAAAUUUCCUCUUUGAUUUCAAAAGAAACUUGACAGUCAGGGAUGACUUUUCUCUCUGCAUGAAUAGGAAGAGCACUUUUGAAAUGGCUUGGCAGUAGUACCUUCCAUUCCUCUCUCACCUUGAAGAACUUCCGUUCCUGUCUUCUGAUGGAUUUGUAUUGAUGUACCUUCCCAGGUGCCUUCAGUAUGUGAGCAGUGGAGGUGUCUACCUCAAUUAAUGGUGAAAGCCCUACAAGAGGAGGGAAAGUUUGAUGCUAGUAUCACAAUAUGCCUUAAAACAUGAGAGAGAUUGAGGUUGACCAAGAUGGAUAAAAUGUAUGUUUGUGUGUGUGUUUAUUUUACUGGCACUAUUACAAGAUCCCCAAGGGAUGGGGUGGUGGUAGAAUCUCUCCUUCCUUGGAGGUUUUUAAGCAGAGGUUACAUGACCAUCUGUCAUGGAUGCUUUAGCUGAGAUUCCUGCAUUGCAGGGGGUUAGACUAGAGGACCCUUGGGAUCCCUUCCAACACUACGAUUCUAUGAAUCCAGGGCUCAACCUGGCUGAAUAUGAUGCAGUGGCUGAUACCUUCUCCCAUCUGGUUUAACGUGAGACAAUAUUUUUAAUUGCCUAUUAAAAUGUAACAAUUCUUCACUAUGGCACUUUGCUGCUCUGUGUCCUCAGCUUGUCCCUGUAUGUAAUUAUUUUUCAGAAAGGCAUAAAGAAAUAAAUGCAGAUUAUGCAUC